CACACGGCAGCCAUGCUGACAGUGACAGUGGAGAGCCUGUUGGCCCAUCUCCAAAGGUUAUUACUUCUGCAUAAAAUUCACAUGCCUUUGAGCAUGUAUCCAUAUUGUUUGUCAUUCUUGUGAAUAUGUGCUGAUAAUUCUAUUUGGAUUCAUCAUCUGUCAUUUGAAAAAUACUGUAUAUUCUGUAGAGGGCACGUAUGGACAGCCCUGCACUGGCAGAAGGCCUGAACUUCAAUGAAGAAGGAGGAGACAUUGUGAUUUCCAGUUCACCCUCAGAGAAGAUUUCCCAAAACACUUUUCCAAUUACACCUUUUGAACUACACGGCAACCAUGCUGACAGUGACAGUAGAGAGUCUGUUUCCCCAUCUCCAAAGGACAUGGGCACACAUACUCACUCAACAUCUGAAGACAGUAAUGUCAACAAUGAUGACAUCUUUUUCAGACACAAAUUGCCAAGGCAUCCUUGUUUUUUUUUUGUAAACAGAGAUAUCUGGACAGACUUAAGUAACAGGCAAAAGCUGUGUCAAUUCUCAGAUCUCCAGUGGACAAAUGUAAUUUCAAAAGGCAUAUAUUCAGUACACCCCUACUGCAGUAUUGCCUUCAAAAGACACCAUUUGAAGACAAAGGGAUCUAAACGAAAGGGACCCCUUUUCCACUGCUUGGGGUACUGUACAUUUACAGACUGCCCUGUAUGUGUGGAAGUCAAAAUAGCACAUGAAAGUACCCUGAAAGCAGUCAUCACAUUUCAAGGUGAUGAAGUGUGUCACAGUGUAGAGGAGCUGAGGAGACGACACGUGCGAGCUGAUGAAAGGGAUAUUUUGGCCAAGCAAUUAGAGUCCACACUACCAAGGGCCCUAUACUUACAAAAUCUCGAAAAAAUAGAAAGCACUGUGUUCGAGUCAGGAUGUCGGGAUAACGCCCCUACACCUGCAGUGCUUAAAAACAUCUCAUGGACCAGCAGGAAAAAAGCUCGCCGUCAUCAUAAUGAAGUACUCAGCCUUCAGAAAAUGGUAGAGGAGAGAACCGAUUCUGAUAAAGUUCUUCAGAAAGUUAUCUUGCAUCCCCGAGGAGUGAUGCUGUGGUCACAAGAUUCCAUCCGUCUGUUCCACCAACGAUGUAAAACUGAUGUUGUUUACAUCGAUGCCACAGGGAGCAUCAUACAGAAGGGUAAAGGAAGAUCAGCCCCAUUUUAUGUUUAUGAGCUUGUUGUAAGGCAUCCUAACAAGGGUGCCUCUCCAGUUCCUGUGGCAACUUAUGUAACUUGUGACCACACCACCUCAUCUGUGAUGUACUUUCUUCAGUCAUUUCAAACGGAUUAUUAUCGUUUGUUUGGAAAAACAUCACAGGGGAGACCAGUACUCAUUAUGUGUGAUGGGUCCCUUGUUUUACUUCAGGCUGUUGCCUACAGUUUUUGUAGAGUAUCUCUUGGCCAGUUGCUCAAAGUCUAUUAUGACAUUGUAACUGGAAAGUUGAAGGAUGAGAAAAUGAAGGUUCCUAUUCUUCAUCGUUGCUUGAGCCAUGUGAUGAGGAAUGCCAAAGUCUUCUGUAAAAAACAUUCCCCCAAAAACUACCGACUGUCAAUGCAUGUAUUUGGCCUGUUGACAUCUGCAGCUACAUUGGUUGAAAUGGAAGACAUUCUGUUUAGCAUGGCAGUUGUCUUCUCAAGCCCCCAGUGCGGGGAGAAUGUGGAGAAACAUUUUCUCAAUCUUCAGACCAAGAUGCUAAACAUGGGCAUUUCUGGUGAUCUGACAGAAGUAACAGAGGAGGACUUAGAGCUCGACAUGGGACCUACACCUUUUCAGAGGCACUUUGAGGACAUCAUUGCCGAUGCACCUGUGCAGGAUAAGGGGGAGCCAAAUGAGUACUACUCUCCCACAUUUAUGCCAAAUCUGGUGAAGCACUUCCUGCCUCAGGCUCCUCUCUGGUCCGCACUUAUGCUGGGAAAUUUGAGCCGCCAUGGAAAGGGUCCUGCCUACCAAAAUCUGUCAAAGAAAUUUGAGAGAUGCUGUCAGCUGGACACACAGAAUUAUACCAGUGACAACAAAACACAAGGCAUCAUGGAGAAAAGCCAGUGGGACCUGAAGCGUGUGCGCUUUCAAAGACCCCAGACUGCUGACAAAAACAACUGGAUCAUGGGCAACAAACAAAGAAGAAAUUUCCAUCAAAAGAUUCAGUUGGAGAGCCCAAGCCCAGAAAAGAAAAAAAAGGACAGUGUCACUAAGACCACAAGUCACAUCCUUAAUGAUGACACUGUGCAGGCUCUGUGGAAUUUGAAGGACACUGAAGUGGUGGUUGCAGUGGUUCAGUCGACUGACAAGGAUAGGAAAUAUACACUGCACCACAGAGACUUCAAAACCCUGCAACCACACAACUGGUUAAAUGGGGAGACAAUUGAAUGCUAUUUUCAAGCACUCUUGAAUGCAAAAGACGAUGGACGAAAAAUUUUUCUGUUCAACCACUAUUCUGCCGGUGUUGUUGUAUUGGGGGAGAGGUCUGCACUGUCAAGUCACAGUUUAAAAAAGGUCAACUUCGACGAUUACGAUGCUCUCAUUGGAUUCUUUAUUGUAAACAGAAACCACUGGAAAUUUCUGUAUCUCAACAGGAAUAUGCAGAAAGUGUUUGUGGUGGAUCCCCAAGGGAAUGAAGAAGAGAAAGAUUCUCAACUUGCUGCCAAAAGAUUCAGGCAGUACUUCAAAAUGCGUCAGAUACGGCAUGCUAAGACAGACUGGGUGGAUGUGGAAUGGACACAUGGUGUUUUAGAGCACACUAACCAAGAAGACGGUUACAGCUGCGGAGUUUAUGUCAUGCAGAUGGCUAAGGAAGUAGUGGAGGCUUUUCCUCAGACACCAUCCAAAAUCCUAAUACCUUCAUGUAAGCGCAGCCUCGCAAAGCUUCGUAAGGACAUGGCUGUAACAAUCCUACAAGCAUCAGCGUUCGACCCAAAGGAACAUUGCUCCUUUUGUGGCCUACAUUCUCCUCCUGGUUCUGUGGGUCUGAACACAUGGAUUCAGUGCAGCAAAUGUGAAAGGUGGUUUCACUUUCAGUGUGUCAACAUAAACAAAGAAGACCUAAACAAAUUUAAAAAAAGAAAGUGGUUCUGUGCAGUCUGUGAGUAAAACAGACUUACCUACAUGAUAAACCAAAGCUGUGUAUAUCAGUACAUUUUUUUUUUACUUAAUUUUAUACAUUUUAUUUUAUUCAAUGACUGUUUUUUGUUGAAAUGGAGACAACAUUGGUUUCAUUUUUAUAACAAUAAAUACAUUUUAAUCAGA